AGCUUUCAAUGACACCACCAUGGGUAUAAAAAAGCUGAAGAGUGGGUUUCGUCAACGAUUCUCCUCUAAAAAAUCCUCGAGAUGGUUUCAAAAUCGUCUGGUUGCUAUAGGAGGAGGGGAUGCUCCAUAUACGCAGCAAAUAGAACCAGGAACUCAGAUAACCUUCUGUGACAACACAAUUAAGAGCUCGAAAUAUACUUUGUGGAAUUUCUGGUUUCUCAAUCUAUUCGAGCAGUUCAGGAGAGUUGCGAAUUUCUACUUUCUAAUUGUAGCGAUAAUCCAGCUCUCUCUACCAUCCCCUCCUGUCUCUCCUUUAACCUCAGUAUCUCCACUAGUUUUCGUUGUGGUUGUGACUAUGAUAAAGCAGGGUUACGAGGAUUACAAGCGACACAGUGCAGAUAAUCAGAUAAAUUGUACAAACGUAAAUAUUCUCAGAUCAGGUCUGGUUGUCAAGGCCAGAAACAGAGAUAUUAAGGUUGGAGAUAUUGUGAUGGUUAAAGAGAAUGAAACCUUUCCCGCAGAUUUAGUUCUUCUGUCCACCUCCUCCUCCUCGGGCAAAUGCUUUGUAAUGACGGCAAACCUUGAUGGAGAAACAAACCUUAAACCUCUCAGUCCAGCAAAGAUUACAAAACAUCUAAAGUCUCCUGCGGAGUUGAAUUCUAUUUCGGGUCAGAUCGAGUGUGAAAACCCGAACCCUGACCUUCAAAACUUUCUGGGACGGAUAAAGGUGAGAAAAUGUAUACAGCUGCAUUCUACAAUAUCGCGAGAGAAUACGGAGUAUGUGUACGGGUGUGCCGUGUACACGGGACGGGACACCAAGAUGUCCCAGAACUCGAAGAUCAACGGCAACAAGUUCUCCACCGUGGAGAAAACCAUGAACAAGUUCUUGUUGUUCUUUAUGCUCAUCCUGGUCCUGGAAAUGAUCAUCUCCACCGUCCUCAAAUACGUCUAUGGUCUAGAUGUACAAGAAAAGAUGACCCAUUGGUAUCUUGGGGACAAACUGGAGAUUAGUGGGACAGGAGUUGUAGAAGAUCUAUUCUCCUACCUUGUUCUAUACAAUUAUAUAAUACCUAUUAGCUUGUAUGUGACACUUGAGUUCCAAAAGUUUUGCGGAUCUUUGUUCCUGGUUUGGGACCUUGAUCUUUACGACAUGGAGAACGGAGAGGGAGCUAAGUGUAAUUCCUCCGAUCUAAACGAGGAGUUGGGUCAGAUACAGAUUCUCUUCAGUGAUAAGACGGGAACCUUGACUGAGAACAUCAUGAUAUUUAAGGAAGCGUCGAUUAACGGACGCCAAUACGGAGUACACGAUCUCAUGCCUAAACUUUUCUCCUCGUCUUUCUCCUCGUUUUCAAACGAUCCUAAUAUGGGACAUGGAGACGAUUCAUUCCUGGACGAUUCGUAUCGAGAUCCCCAGGAUGAACAUCAUAUUAAUGAGUUUCUCAGUGCUUUAUGUGUUUGCCACACAGUCCGAGUAAACCAGCCUAAACCGAGCUCUGACCCUCCUCCUCCAAAGAAGACUAAUAAACAUCUUAAACCUUGGAAGUUGGGAGGGUUGGAUAAUCCUGGGUUCCGUCCUAGUAGUGUAGCCAGUAGUGUACCUGAGACUGUAACUGAGUCAUCUGAUAUUCAGUAUAAUGCUUCUAGUCCGGAUGAGAAAGCUCUAGUCGAAGCUUGUCAGAGGUUUGGAGUAACUUUUGUUGGAGAGAGAGAAACAGAAACUGAGAGCUGUAUUGACCUUGUUGAGUCCAGAUCAGGAACCCCUGUAGAGCGUGUGUACACCAGAUUAUACAUCUUGGAUUUUGACUCAACAAGGAAAAGAAUGUCUGUGAUAGCCCGAGAUCCCUCAGGACGGAUUAUAAUGAUCACUAAAGGAGCUGAGUCUAGUGUUAUUCCUAGGUGUAAGGAGGGUCCUAUGUUCGACACUAACAAGCAUAUUGACGAGUAUGCUCUGGUUGGGUUGAGAACACUAGCUAUAGCUAUUAGGGUUCUCUCCGAGCAGGAGCUCAAAACAUUCGACCAAGCAAUUUUCCAGGCUCGCCAAGCUAUCGAAGGAAGAGAAGAGAAAAUUAUGGCUGUUUAUGAUGAUAUGGAAAGAAAUAUGACUUUGCUAGGAGCAACAGCUGUGGAGGACAAACUUCAGUUCGGAGUCAAGGAUACUUUAGUUAAGCUAGGCCAGGCUGGUAUCUCUGUCUGGAUUCUAACCGGAGAUAAAAAGGAAACUGCAAUUAAUAUUUCCUACGCCUGCGGGCAUCUUCUUCCCUCUCUAACCGUCCUGGAUCUAACAGGGCUUCAAAGUUCUACGGUUCUGGGUAAACUACAGAGAUAUGCUGAACAGGUGAAGAGUUCAGACGAUAUGUACGGACUAGUCGUGGACGGUGGGACUCUCACACUCAUCAUGCCUUACGAGGAAAACAAGGAUUUUCUUUACCAGAUAGCGUCUAGAUGUCAGUCUGUGGUUUGUUGUCGUAUGUCACCUCUACAGAAGUCGGAGAUAGUUCGGAUGAUGAAGAACAGUCCUGGAGCUCCUAUUACAGCUGCUAUCGGAGACGGUGGGAAUGAUGUUGCAAUGAUCCAGGAGGCCCACGUGGGACUAGGAAUUAUGGGGAAGGAAGGAAGAGCAGCGGUUCGUUCUGCAGACUUCGCCUUCUCUAAGUUCCAUUAUCUCCAGAAGGUUGUUCUUGUUCAUGGACAUUGGUACUACUACAGAGUCUCCCUGCUUGUACAGUACUUUUUCUACAAGAAUGUUGCUUGUUUUACCUGUCAGUUCUACUACGCGUUCUAUUCAAACUUCUCCACACAAACCUUGUUUGACGGGAUCAGCUUGACCCUGUACAACAUCUGCUACACUUCCUUCCCUAUAUUUGUAUUCUCCCUCCUAGAGAAGAAUUUAGACAAGAGAUAUCUUCUCGAGAACCCUAGUCAGUACAAGAGACACUACAGUAACAAGCUUUUACAGUGGAGAGAAUUCUUUCUCUGGUUUUUUCAGGCAGUCUGGCAUUCUGUUGUUUUCUACUUCGGCUGGUAUCUUUUCUGGUCAUAUAUACCAACAUCAGGUGGAUUAAGUUUAAAUAUGAGUGAUGCCGCAAACCUGGAUCAAACUAGUUUUGGAACUGCUAUCUACUCAUCUGUAGUAGCUCAUGUUAACCUUAGGUUACUUUUCCAGUCCCGUAGUUGGAACCCUGUUCUCAUUUUUGGUAUUAUCGCCAGUAUUAUCUUCUAUAUUGGGUUCAACUUCCUCUGCCACUCUCUUAGUUUACCCAGUGGAAUAUCCUCAACACUGGGAGAAAGUGUAGAAUCUGAUAUCUGGGUUCCCUUCGACUUCUCCACUUACUGGGUCUAUCAUCAUGUUCUCUCCUCUCCUGGAGUUUGGUUGUUUACCCUUCUUCUCCUUGUAAUCGCAAUCAUGCCUGAUGUUGUUAUCCGGGUCCUUAGAAAACAUUGGUUAUCUAUAGAAGGAGGAAUAUGGAGUGCCCGGAAGGCUGUGAACAGUACAAUGAAUAAAGGAAACUAUGAACUAGACAAUGUUUACAACAACUACGGAUAUUCUAAUCAGGAGGUUCAGAUUAGAUCUGCUUCUCUUAAAGAAUUUGAGAUUCAAGAAAUAUCUUGAAUUUAAACCUUGCUCAAGGUGUGCUUUGUACACGCGUGACAAGCUCAAGGUACUUUAGGUAUUGAACAGAUCUAGAAGAUUCCAAAUUUUUCUAAGAAAGGAUGAAAAACUAAAUUUGUUUAAUUAGG